CAAAGACGCAGAUCCACUUACCGCACCAAGGCGCAAGUGCCUACUGUGUCACAGCUACGCAGGUCAGACGGGAGGCGGAACCGCCGGCUGACGGCCGAGCAGUGAAGUAUCAGCAACGACAGCAACGACAGUAGCAGCAGCAGCAACAGCGUCUCUACAACAACAUCAACCAAGUCUGCACGCACGCGACUCAUCACGUCCAACAAUGGCACGGCUACAUCUCCACCCGGCAUUCGUAAUGGGUUCCAUUUUUAUUAUAGGUGGACCGGUAGCGUUCCUGAUCCUGAAACGCCACAAUACUGAGCAGCAACGGAUCGCAUACCUGAAAUCAAGACAGAGGAGAAAGUAAAGGAACGUGACGAACGCUGUAAGGCACCGUAAAAAAAAUUAAGAAAAGUGACCCUACUACAGCGUUUCUUUCAUCUCUCAAAAACCCAAGACAGCGGCAUUCGCAGGCAGCGGUUGCAUUUAUGAGAGAUUAUUUAAUUUUCGUCGACAUUAGACAGCCAAACAGACCAGCAACAGUCUUAUUAAAAAGAAAUGUGUGUUUUCCACAUCACAAACGUGUCCCUCGACACAGUCACGCAAAAACGAAAAAGAAAAGAUUACUAGGUGCUAAGGAAGAAGAAGGGGAUAGUUGCGUUUAUACAAACAUGUUCCUAUGCCAGGGAUGGCAACUCCAAAAAACAGGUUUGAAAUUGCAGAAGCUUAGUAGAACAUACGAAGUGCAAAAUUAGUGACAAUGGCACCCAGCAAGACAAAGCACAGAAUGGAGGGACCAAGACGGUCAUCGUAGGGACCACUACCUCUCCGGCGAAUGGCAGAAGCUCUCCAGUGGUAGAUACUGAGAGCAUAUCCCAUCGUAGAAAUAGCGACCAAAGUAAACAGACCGGCGCUGAUUUUGCCAACGCGAUCACCAAAAUUCAACAAACCAACAGAGAGACCGCCCAAAACAACGGCAAAACUGAGCCAGGACAAAAACGUACGCUCGUUAGCAAAGAACACCUUGGGCUCCACGCGAACAGGCAGCGCAAUGCGCUUAUUUGCGGUCGUUUGCAAAAGAGGCUGCGAAGACAUUAUGGACAAAAACGAAACAGAUGUUUGCGUACACGAGACAGACGCGUGCAGGGGACAACGAGAGAUGUUGGUUCUGGUUAGGAG